AUGGCGUCCAACAAUGAAUGUAUGAAGACUUAUGUGGGGGAUACUAUUAAGUUUGCUUAUUAUAGAAAUCGUUCAAAUCAGCCGUUUAAUAUAUGUUAUAAUAGUGUGCCAAAUCACAAUCAUGAUAUGAUCGUGUCUAGCGAAGUCGUGAGAAAACAGUUGUUUUUAAUUAUUCCUCAUACACAGCUGACUAGUUGGGGGGUACUUCAGCACGGUCAAUGUAUUCGUGUUAACGG